AUGGUGGUUCUUAUGGAUAUUGUAGCUGAAGGGGAUGGCGACAAGGGCCGUUGUAACAAGGACUCGCGAACCGAGGAAACAACAAGAGAUCGUUGCCCUAUGUUGGGGAAUUUAAUACCAUCGACAAUUCCCAAUUCGCUUAUUUACCGCUAUGAGGAUUUUAUAAGCAAUAAAAUUGCUAAUGGGUUUUAUGGAGAUAUAUUUAAGGUAAGGAUGUGUUUGGAACUACACAUAUUUAGAACUUGGAUGUAGUUUGGAUCGGUUUGAAAUUCGUCACGAGACCCAGUGUCACCGUAGCUUGUUUUGUUUUCGUUUGUUAGGUUCAGCAUCGCAAAACAGGGGAAGUUAUGGUUUUAAAGAUGAACAAACCUAAUGUGGAAUUCGAAUGCUGUACAAUGUUAGAGGAAAUCAAGUUAAUGAGCCAUCUGUCUCACCCAAAUAUCAUAAGGUGAAUUUGCUGAUAACCGUUUCCUCCUCCGCUCGUUUCAGUUGUUUGGCUGUAAACCUACAUUGCUAAAUCUUGUCGAUGAGAUUUUGCAUGAACUCACACACUGAAAUAAUUUUUUCCUCAGAUUUCUUGGUGUUUGCCUAGCUGACAGUAGAAUGCAUCUUCUAAUAGAGGUAUAUAGUGCUUUCAUUUUCGAGCUGUCUGAGUUUUAAUACAAAAAAUUAUUUUUAAUACCCCUGUUCUCCAUGGUAAACAUGGUGUGAUGCACAAAUUGGACACGUUUCAUGUCAUUGCGCAUAGUUAUAUGACAAUUUUCGACCUUGAUGAAAGCGUAUUAUAUUUUUUUUUCAGUACGUCAAUGGCGGAGAACUAGAAGAACUUUUGCUAGACUAUUCAAUACACUUGGAUUGGUCGACGCGACUCUAUCUUGCCAAAGAUAUUGCUGAGGGAAUGAGAUACCUCCACAAGGAAGGAGUUAUUCAUAGAGAUUUAACAUCCAAGGUAACCUUAAAACUUAAAGGCCUUUCAAAAGUUUUGUUGGCAAUUUUGUUUUCUUUAUUUGUUAUCCGUGUUUCUUCCAAAUUUCAGAAUUGCUUGAUAAAAGAACGGAAUGGUUGGCGGUAUGGUAUUGUUGCAGACUUAGGUUUAGCAACGGAAAUUAAGUGAGUAGUUUCUUAAUUAAGUGUCAUAAAUUCAUACUUACUUAUGCUGAGUUUGGGAAGAAACAAGUGUUUAUUUUCACAAGAGGUACAAGUUUGGUGUGAUAAUAAGUAUGAAAGUUUCUCGUGAUAUUUGUGUAAAAAUAAACAUAGUGGAUAUACGUAUUUUACUUAAUCUUGUUUGUUUCCUUAAGGAAAUUGCCCAAGUGAGUAUGGAGCAGAAAGAUAAAAUUUUAUCUUAGGGCUAAAAGUCAAAGAGAGUUCACAAAACAAUUUGAAAAAAUGAACUAAACUUAAAGGGAGUUUUUUAACUGAAAGUAGCAAAAAAUUCUUCGUGAAGAACUCUUUUUCUUUUUUUCUUUUUUCUUUUAACCUGGAUGUGAUUUUAAAAUCAAACUUCAGGUUUUCCUUUGAAACAUUCUAUUAUAGAUACAAAACCACACUAAAGUCCUUCCUUGAAAUGGUUCUGGAUGAUAUUGAAGAUGAAAAUUUAAAAUCAGAUUUUGUAUUUUGUAUUUUCAAAUCUGAAAAUGAAGGUUUUAAAACUCCAAAUCAAGAUUUCCCUGUCAAAAUUAUCCUUGCAAAAAAAAAACCUGCAGCUGUGAGUAGUUACCUUUGGGGGACUGACGCUAGCAUAAUGGUUUUAAAGUGAAUUUUACAUUUUUCUUGUACCUAAGCUGAACUUUUGAAACCUUAAAAAACUGAGGCACAUUUAGUGGAAAUCUCAGGUGCCAAGUGUUUUUGUUAUUCCCAUUUAAAACCCAGUUUUUAAUUAACACUUUGCAUUGGAUGAUGUCUCAGUUUGGAAAGUUGUCUUGCUAAUUUACUUCAAUGAAGUAAAUUAGCAAGGCGAGUGGGCGGCAUUAGAAGAAGAUAUUUAUGGCAUACCUCCUAGCUCAAUGAUAAUUAAAAUUCACACCACUUCUGUUAGGUAAAGUAAACCAGUUCUUUUUAUAGUAUCAGCAUUCACGACAAAUAUAUAAUUUUACCCCUAGAGUGUCUAGUUUCUAUUGGUAUUAUCACCUGUUCCCUGUGGUUGCCUUGGAAACAGUAAAAUAAACUUUCAAAUUUUCCUUUUGUAAGAAUCUAAGGGUAGAAAAUAUUGUUCCCUAUGUUAUGCUGAAUCUUGGCAAUAUUCUCUGCAUUGUCAUGAUGUCAGCUUGAGUCCUGGCUGGUUUUGAUGGCUCAUAGUGUUUUAGAUUGGCUGGAAACAGUGACGUAAAUUUUCAAAUUUUUGUUAGUAAGAAUCCCAAGAUAGAAAUGUUGUUCUCUCCAUAAUGUUAAAUUUUGCCAUUAUUCUCAGUAUUGUCGUGAUGUCAGCUAGAGUGCUGGCUGUUUUUGUUGGUACCCACUGUGUUUUAGAUUUGCUAGCACAGAAUACAGUCUUGCAUGUACAGUAAUUUUUACACAGUUUGUUGGAUUGUGUUGUAACUCUAGUUUUGUCUUGUGCUUUAGAGAACAAUCAAUUGUUGGAUCCCCAUACAACAUGGCUCCAGAACUUUUACGGGGUGAAGCUUAUGAUGAGAAGGUAGGCUGGUGCUAUUCUUGAUAUACAUGUACAUGUUAACUGUUUUGGGACUCUCAUUUUAAACCUUUCUGACGGAAAAUUAAAAGUCAACAGGGGGCCACAGUGAUGGAAAAGUCAGGAAAAAACGUUUUUUUCAAGGUCUGGUAAAAGUCAGAAAUUUUGCAGUUACAUGCAGAAUACCUGUACAAGAAAGUUAAAGUAAAAUGGUAAAGUAAAAAAAACAAAAAUGCGUACGUUUGAUUUGUAGUUGUUCAAAUUCGAUUCUCCAAUUCUCAUGAAAAAUGCAUAUCUUUUAAAAAUCAUUAAAAAGUUAAAGGAAAAAAUGAAGGCCCGCAAAAAAACACUUGGCAAAUACUAGGGAAAUGGAAAUUAUUGACAGGAGGGGAGGGGAAGAAGUCAGGGGAAAGUCGGAUUUUUUUUUCACAAGAGUGCCAGUCCUUUGCAAAAAUUUUUUAUCAUUGAAAAGUUAAAGGAAAAUAAUGAAGGCCCGCAAAAAACACUUAGAAAAUACUAGGGAAAUGGAAAUUAUUGAGGGGAGGGGAGGGGAAGAAGCAGGGGAAAGUCGGAAUUUUUUUUUCACAAGAGUGCCAGUCCUUUGCAAAAAUUUUUUAUUAGUACUUCAUUCUUACAGUUGCAAAACUAUAAAUACAUCAUACAUUUGUGUAUGCAUGGCAUUACUUGAAUGUUGUUAAUUUUAAAAUACCACCAAUAAUCUUGAAUUAUCUUUACAAGGUGAAAACAAUGAAAUUGUUACUCCAUAUGAUUCAUAGUGCCCCUCUAGUCAAACAGCAGUGUGAACACCUUCUAAAUCUUAGAAUCCUGUUAAUAUCUUCAGUCCAGCAUCAUCAGGGGUCUCACCCAACCACUGUCUUCUUUAGUAUCAGUAUCAUUCAUUAUCAUUCUAUCGAAGAAAAAACAACAACAAUAAAAUAAUCCCAUGAAUUCAAGAAUCUGAAAUAUUACAACGGAUAUAUGUUCUGAAAAAAUUCUAAGUUUUGUAGGUUUUUUUGUUGUUGUGGGUUGGUAAAUGUUUCUACCAUAAAAUUUAUAUAGGGCUCUCUCUGGUGUCCUGCAAAAAGCUUAUUGAUCAUCAUGGCAGCCAGAAAGUGAAAGAAGUACAUUGUACAUACAAUACAUAGAGAGACAAUUCUGUUGACUAUAAUACAAUGUAUAUUUUGCCAUUACUCAUCACUCAUUGCUAGUUUGAUUUUAAUGCUUCUUAAUAUUAUUAUUGCUUUGUUGUAUAAUUUUUUGUCCUUGCAUGAUUGCAAGUGUAAUCUUCAAAUGGAGCCAAUGCACUGUGCUCCAAGCUUUUUUUUUUAAAGCUGAAUUUUUGAAACCUAAAAUUACUAAAUGGUCGCUUGAUCAAAUAGAAUAUGGUGAGAAAAAACAGUUUGAAAUAUAUAUUAGUUAUCAAAACUGCAAUUUUGGUGACCAAAAUUUUUUGUACUCCCCAUUGUGACAAAAAAUUGUCGCAUGUACUGCCACUGGGUGAUUUUCAGUGCUGUGUGAUUGCCCAGUAUGGGACCAUAGUAUAAAACAGGUGCAAUAUUGCAGUGUACAGAUAGCUCAGGAGUUACACUUCUGAUCUGUACAGUACAGUAGUUGGUAAACAAACAAUCUUUGGCACCAAGAGAUUACCUUUAGCUUGUGCAGUCAACCCACCUCUCUGAUCGAACAGUCCCUGAAAACACAGAAACCUGGCUAAAGCGGAUACCUAGGGUUGGUACCUACCUUUCAUCACUCCUUGUAGUUGACUUUCUAUAAGAGGGACAUUUAUACUUCUUAAAGGGACACUUUUACUGUUGAUUUGGUCCCUGCUCUAAUUUCUUCAUUCCUUUUAGUUGACUGUCUAUAAGAUGGACACUCUGCUAAAACACAGACACCUAAAGUUCAUCCCUGUCUCUCUUUGCUCCUAAAGUUGACUCUCUAUAAGGAGGGUACCUAGAGCUGAUAUCUGCCUUUCUGUUCUCCUUUGAGUUGACUCUCUAUAAAACGAAGAUCUCUUAAAGGUGCCGACACAUUGUGGCAGUUCCAAAGGUGUCCAACUUAGAGAGAGUUAACAUACUUGUAUGACUGGCUCAUUGUUUAGACUGACUGCUUAACCUAGGACACAGUCCUUCACUUCAUGGCCUUUUUGGUUCCCGUUGAACAUGUUUCUUAGUUUAUUGUACGUAACUGUCACAAUUUCUUAGGUGGCUUCCCACUGGGAGGUACGUGUACAAAUGGACACUUAAUGAGACGUUUUAUUAACGUUGAUUUACUGAUGAUUUUGUCUGUUGUGAGGGUGGCCACUUAGAAUAGGUGUCAACUGUAGUUUUCUCAGGACAGAUUAGUGUGAAUGUUAUUCGCUUAUAAGUGACAGGGUAAAUGAUUUACGGUAGACCUCUUGGAUAUUGUUUAUCCUGCAUAGGCUGAUGUAUUUUCCUAUGGGAUUAUUCUGUGUGAGAUAAUUGGUCGAGUUCCAGCUGAUCCAGAUGAGUUACCCCGUACACAGGUGCGUUCAUAUCAUAAUUUAGAAGAGCCACUGGAUUUAGUGAAUUCCUAGUGUUUUCGCUAUUUAAAAAAUCACAAUUUUGUUUGUUAAGCCUUGUGAACAAAUGUUACUGCCCUAAUGCAAGAAACUUUUGUUAACCUGAAGACUUCUUUGAAGACUUGUUACGUUUACCCAUAUCGGAAGUUGUGGCUUUUCUAGAAUCAUUUUUAUAUUCUUUUCUAUCAUUUAAAACAAAAAAAAACAAAAUAAUCUGAACAGGAACAAGUUCAUCAUGACGUCUCGUCAGGUUAAGCAUACCCGCCUAGAUUUUAUAAAUGAGUUAAUUGUACAGUGUGCAAAAAUUUGGCUUAUUUCUGUUACUUUUCGUAAUUUUCGCCAGUUUAUAGCGGUACGUUUAUUCAAGCACCUCCAGUGCAUGUAUAUGUAUUAAAGGUAAAAUUAUGUAGAAAUGAUCAGAAGGGAAACAAAAAGUACUACGAUUAGCUGCAGGUUUGAGCUAUCGUGUGUAAAAUUACAGUACAUGUAAAUGUAUGAAGGAAAUCCAGGGGAAAUCGGUUUUGGUUCGAGUUAUCGAUAGUCGACUGUAUUACGCAAGACAACGUAGUAUCGAGAUACCGUAAAAUUCCGAAAAUAAGCCCCUCCAUGUAUAAGCCCCUCCAAAUAUAAGCCCCCCAAACCGGUAACGCAAAAAAACCCUCCGUCAAAUCGCCCCUCGAAAUAUAAGCCUCCGGGAGCUUGUACUUGGAAAGUUGCCCUCAAAUACAAAGUAAAACAAAGCAAAAAGGGUAAAUUUACUUCGUUAUAAGGCUGGCCCAAUCGAUUUUGAAACGCAAAUUUCCCUCCGUAGAUAAGCACCUCCGAAUAUAGGCCCCUCCAAAAAUAAGCCCCUCAAAAAGGGCCUUUGAAAAAUAUAAGCCCUGGGGCUUAUUUUCCGAAUUUUAUGGUAUAUAUCUUGUUCAAAUAUCGAUAUUCCUACCUUUACAUCGGUGUAUAGUUGCACUUCUUUGCUUUCAUGUGAAUCCAGUACUCAUUCCAAUGUAGGAAUGCAGAAAAGAAGCUGAUAACGGGAACAAUUCAUAUGGAUCCAAUUUUCAAAUAAUCAAUCGGGGUUACGCUGUACUGACGCCUGUUAAUACUUGGAUUAAUGUUUCGUUCUGUCCUCAGGCUUCAAGAGUAAAACUAGUUUCUACCGUAUUUAUUCGAUUAACCGCCCUGGGCGCUUAUUAAAUAUUUGGGCCUUGAGAGUGGUCGCUUAUUCGAGGCUGGGCGCUUAUUAAAUGUUCACCAUUUUCAGCAAGUGAAGUAUGUUUAUUUUGCAACAAAACAAUAAAUGCUAAUAACAAAACGCGAAGAAGUAACGAAGCAAGGUUUCUGUAAAAUACUCUGAAGAAAACUCCGUCCUCGGGGAAGUCUCUUAUUACAAUUUAUUCAGUCAAGUGGGUGGGGUGGGGGUGAGCGCUUAUUUGAGUUUGAUUGGGGGGAGGAAGGGGUGGGCGCUACUUCGAGACUGGGCGCUUAUUAAAUUUUUCCGCCUUUAGGAUGGGCGCUCAUUCGAGGCUGGGCGCUUAUUCGAAUAAAUACGGGUAUUUGUAUUUACCGCAAUUAUGGCACUAGUAGUAGAGACAUUCCAGUUUUCAAAACUGUCAAAAUGUUUUUACUUCUUUACCUCUGCCCUCUCAAAGCUUGCAAUUAAUUGGGUCUUCUUCUUGUUGCUCAGAAAUUUGGUGUGGAUAUAGAGAAGUUUCAGCACAUGACGGGUGACUGUCCAAAGGAGUUUCUUCAAACUGCUUUGUGCUGCUGCCAGGUGGGAAUUGUCGUAAAAGUACUCAGAUCUACUUUAAAUACAUAAGUUACUCAGUCAAUUGGGAUUUCAAAGGAGAGAGAGAUAGGAGAAGUUAAGUAAUCUCGAUUACAGGGCACACUGUGUGCAUCCUGCAUAAAGUUUAGGAGACCUUUUUGCUUUCUAAAUGCCGUGGAACUCGUGUAGAAAGAUCACUUGCCAAACAGAAAUUCACGUAUAAAGGUAAAAGGGAAACUUCCCACAGUCUCUUCAGUCAAAAGCCUGAAGUAUCUGAGCAGUGAUCUAUUCUUUUUGAUAGGAACUGAAGGUUUUUUCGGGACUCUAAUACCCUGGAAGUGACCAAAUUUGGGUGAUUUAACCAGCAAUUGAUAAUUUUUCUCCUUUUUGCUUGUACAGUCAAACGAAAAUCUCAUUUAAGUAUCACCUUUCACCAUCUGUGUAACAAGGUUCAAACAACGUUUGUCAAGAUUUUAGACAUUUUUGACCUUACACAGAAAUAAUCUACGCAAAGCUUCAAAAUUUUUCAUUCGUUGGCUCUUUAGUGAAGUCAUAAUAAUGACUGAAAAUCCUUGCUUUGAGUUUCGCCGUGCUAUCCAAAUUCCUUUGGGCAAUAAAAGCUUAUAUGGCAGCGAGCCUGGGUCUUUAUUUUUUCCACCUUUACCCGAUUUCCGUGUGCGCGUGGUUGCAUGAAAAGAAUAUAUAUAUAAAUAUAGGAAAUAGGAAAAAAAACUACACUUUCAUUCCGACAAGCCUGUUUCGUGAUCGCUCACUCUUCAGGGGAGAGUGAGCGAUCACGAAACAGGCUUGUCGGGAUGAAAGUGUAGUUUUUUUCCUAUUUGCUAUAUUUAUAUAUCACGCUCUACUUUAACGUAUCGAGCACUCUUCUACGGAAAAAUCGUAACACAGGUUUCGUAUAUAUAUAUAUAUAUUUGAUGACGUACUUAAUGGGUUUACAGGAAAGAGGUAACCGUUUAGAGCGUUUUCCAAAACGCAUCUGUCAGCUACUCUCCUUAAUGUUUUUUUCCUCCUCUUUUAGAUGGAACCUGCAACACGACCAACAUUUACUGAAACUGCAAAACAUCUAGAAUUUACCCUCGUGGGAUAUAAAGUUCGGCCUGGAAUAGAAGACGCAAUGAGGACAAUAGCACCACUGCCAAACAAUUCCCAUUCACCUGAACAAAAUGAACUUUUAACAUUUAAUGAUAGGACACCUGAAAGUCCCCCAGAUGAAUCUCAAAAUGAAAUGAACUCUAAUUCCCCGCCAGCCGCAAGUCCCCCUGCUAUCAUUGUCAGUGCUGAAGCCACUCCACCAAUAAACUUUCGAACGGCUGAAAAACGACGUCAGUCUUGGAUUGCAGGCCGUUAUAAACUUUUCAACUCGGCAACUGAUGAUUUACUAAAGAAUACUCCUGGUAAACUGAAAAAUUUCUUCCACCGUGCUCUACGCAUACAGACUCAAUUUCACCCUUCAAAGCAGAGGAAAGUUAAGGACAGUAGUAAACAAAGGUCAGCAUCUGAACUGAAAAGUUUCACCGUGAUAGGUUCUGAUGAAAAUCUUUCUGUAUCGGGUGAGAAGGUUGAGCAUGGAAGUUCUGGUUCGUCCAACCCAAGUUCAAGCACUGCAUCUUCAAGCGGGCUUCUUCGUAAGAAAAGUUCUGAACAAGACGUGGCACCCAACUUGAGCUUAGAAGAAAUCUUUGUAGAUGGAAGGUAUUCUCCUCAGAAUAGUAACUCACGAAAUGCCGUUUCUCAAAAUUCUGUAAGCUACAUGCAACCGCCAUCGCCAAGUAUGUUGAAAAGUACCCCGUUGCCAUAUUCUAGUGCUCGUGGAAGUCCAACACUGAAGUGUCAUAAAGAAACGAAUAGACCCAGGUGUGAGUCAACGCCCGUAUUCAAUGAACGUAAUUCAGAGUUACUAACAAGACGAACAGUGUCAAACAGAGAAUGUGAAAUGAACAAUGUACAUUCACCUGAGGCACACAUCAAAGAAGAAAACAAGGUCAAGAAUCGAAAAUCGCCAUUCAGGAUUUUUAGAAGAAGGGGAAGCAAGAGCAAAGAGUCUGAAUAGGGGUACAAGUAACUGUGCCACUUAUCAAGCUAAAACAUAAAAAACUUGCUGGUUGUAUCGUUUAUUUGCCGCUUUCGCAGUGCCCAUACCACAACUUGCUUGCCCGCCAAAAGUUUGCACUAGCAUUGUCUUCAAUUUCUUUUGGAACGUAAUGGCCAGGAGAAGUAGGAAACAAUAGUUAUAUAAAAUUUUGGCGAGCAGAAAAGGUGUGUUCUGCGAAAUGCGAAAGGGGAAAUUGCCAACUUCUACCAGUAUCAAAAGAAACAAAUUAUCGAACUUUAACAAAUUUAGCAAAAACAAGAUAUACAGUCGAACCUCUUGACAGCGACCAUCUUGGAGACGAAUGUAAGUGACCGUUGUAAGUGGGUGGCCGUUAUUUCGAAGGUAGGGUUAUGAUUGGUGAAAUGGUGGAUAGGUGGCCAAAAUUCCACCUGAAAAUUAAAAUUUCUUUUUCGCAAAAUUCUAAAAUAAGAAAAUGUGCUACGCAAAAGUGUUGCUAAAGAGGUUUUAUUUGAAUGGUAGUAUGAUAAGAUUUCGUCCACAGAUUGAAAAGUUAGAAUAUCAAGUCAUCUUGCCAUGACUUGGUCUAGGGUUAAAAGGGUUUAACUUACUGAUCAAAGAUUAUGAAUACGUAACACAACCAUUAUGUCCAUAAAAGAAAAAGAAAAAGCUAGAAGAAAAUAUUUUUUUAUAGUAAGUGCAUGCGUUUGUUCAUCGUUCGUCCUUUUUUGGCUGUUGAGACGUAACUUUGUGACCGUUGCGUUAUGGUAGGGUGGCCGUCAAAGACAGCUUAAAAUAAGGGCGAAUAUCAAUGUAUGGUCUGUCCAUCGCCAGGUCUGGAGAGGUGCUACUUUAGAGAGGUUCGAUUGUUUAAAAGCUUUACUAUAAGUGAUGAUAAGUUAUUACAAAUUAAAUAAAUUGCAAAAAUUGCAACCAAAUUAUAACUGAAACCAACAGUUAUUAUAAAUUUUCUAGUAACAAUCUGCUGGUAUUUGUAAAAUGUAAUUAUUCUUAGUGGUAGUUGUCGUUGGAUUAUUUAUUGGAGUUUGUAGACAGGGAGUAGGUCUGCCUACUAGAAGGUGUGAUUUGGUGUAGAAUACUAGUAGAAUGUUACUAUUAACAAUUAUUAAUUUAUUACACUACUAUUACUUAUAGUAUACUGAAUUUUCAGUCAACAAUUGCAACAUUAAUACAAAUGUGACUUUCUUAAGGGAAAAAUUAACUGUAAACUGUGACGUGACUGUCUUGAAGAGUUGUGCCCUUUAAAGACAGUGUGUGCAGUUACAGACUAGAUGAUUGAUGGAGUUGUGUACAUCGUAUGUGGGCCAAAAUCACCAAUUAAUGAUCUUUUGUGAAUAUUUGUGAAUAUAAAUUUCACUGAAAAACAUAUCGCCGGAUGGUAACUCACAGGAAACAGUUUACUUUAGAUUGUUAGAUAUCUAUCACAACACAAUCUAUUUUCCACGGAAAUUAAAUUUACACGAAAGUAAGGUAAUCUUUGACUUUACACCGUGGGUAAUUAUAAAUUGUGGUAGCUUCCUGUUUCAAAAGAAUGUCGUGGUUAGAUUAUGCUUUUUACGUGAUGCCAUCCAUGGUUAGAAGAUAGAGAGCCAGUAAAAGUCGUUACGUCACGUUGCCAUGGUAGCUGAAUUUCUGGAUCUCAUUAACAAACCGUGCAACCUUGUCCUCAGAGUCCUUUCCUACCUGACGUCUCUCUCGCUCCUCAGAGACGGUUACGAGAGAAUCCUACGAACGAGAUUGCAAACCGUGGUCCUGCAAUUAUGGCAUUAAAGAAGCAAACAACGAAAAAAUGGGCAGGUAUAACUUGCCUGUGAAUGAUUGCUCUCGGGAACAAAACGGUACCCUACACGUUUCUUUUUUCGUUCGACAUUGCAAUUGGUCGUCUCUGCCAUGAAAAAUUGUUGAGAUCCAGAAAUUUUGCUACUAAGGUAACGUAAUGUCACACUUCUCCUCUAUUGUGUUUGUGUUACACGCUUAAGACUAAUUUGAACCUUCAGUGGAGGUGGUAUUAUACUCACACCUCUGUUACUCUUUGGAUCAAACCUGCAAGAUGUUGAAAUCUUGAUCAUCCGUUUUGGUACGAGAUGUUCGAAAGUUCUUUAUGACACGUGAGGCAUGUGAGAUGCGAAAUGUAUGGGAUUAAUUGACUAAGUUCACUUUCGAAUUGG